AAUGGUGUCAGAUCGUUCUUACACUCCCUUUGAAUAUGGCUAUUUAAUUUUGAAGUACAGACAUCCUGGAAGUGUUAAAAAAUUUGCAACCGAUUUUGGGGCUGGUGCAGCUUCUGCAUGCAUUGCUAAGACAAUUAUGGCGCCUAUUGAGAGGGUGAAGUUAAUUUUGCAGCUACAAACAUCCCAACACACAAUUCAAAUAAGCAAGCGUUACAAUGGAAUGAUUGAUUGCCUAAUUCGUUUACCCAAAGAACAAGGAUUUUUGUCGUUUUGGCGUGGUAAUGUGUCAAAUAUGGGUAGGGCAGCAAGUCAGGAAUCAGUGGGUAUUGCUUUUAAAGAAGUAUUAAGAAAAAUUUUGGUAAAUGAUGAACAUCGAACAACUGAUUAUAAAAAGUUUUUGGGAGCCAAUAUGCUCGCUGGAGGUUUAGCCGGAAUGGGAACAUAUCUCUUCAUUUAUCCACUCGAUUUUUCUCGUACAAGGUUGGCCGUUGAUAUGGGGAAGGAUAAAGCUUCAAGAGAAUUUCGUGGUUUAAUUGAUUGUUUUAUUAAAGUUGCAAAAAAGGACGGAUUGGAAGGACUUUAUAGAGGCUUCUAUACUUCACAGAUUUACAUUUUCUUGUAUCGUUCUGCAUAUUAUGGAUUAUUUGAUUCUUUAAAAGGUUUUGCAUCAAAAUCGGGUUCAAGUUCUGGUAAAGAUGUUCAUUUCGUUGCAGCUUUUGCUUUUGGACAGAUCUCCGCACUUGUUGCCGCCUUAGUUUCAUAUCCAUUGGAUACAGUUAGGCGACGAUUAAUGAUGCAGUCUGGAAGGGAUCUACAUGAAUAUACAGGGGCUAUGGAUUGUAUUAAGCAAAUUUAUCAAAAAGAAGGUGGUCGUGCAUUUUUUAGCGGGUUCUUUGUUAAUGCUAUUCGUAGUUUUGGCGCAGCUUUAGUCUUAGCUAUAUAUAAUGAGCUGAAUAAACAUUUGGAUUGAUAUAUAUUUUGGUUGUUUUAAUUUUAAGUCAUUUUUUUCUUUCUUUUCUAGUUGAAAUUUGUUACUUUAGUUUUGAGAAUUUUAGGAAUUUUUUGUUUUUACCCUCCCAGAAAAUUUUUUAACUUAGAGUUUGAGCUAGAGGAGAUCGGGUUUUUUUGGAUAACAUCCGAGAGGCUGGUAUGUAUGAUACCGGAUUUUUUUGAUAGUCUUUUGGGCUUCCGGUUUAUCCCGGAUCUAAGUUUAAAAGGCAACCCCCUCCCGAGAUACGGAUCAGCAAUUAGAAAGUUCAAACUGGCACCACCCCGAGCCUUGGGGGCGGGAUCGUCGGGGAUUGGGGUUUGUCUGGGUAUAGCCUUCGGGGUUCUGGUCGGGAUUUUUUACCAAAACUUUCCUUAGGUGUCUGGUCGGGGGACUUGGGUGCUACCCUAGUUUUUUACCCUCCCAGAGAAUUUUUUAAUUAGAGUUCGAACCAGGGUCGAGACCGGGUUUUUUGGGAUAUCAUCUAUCAUCCGAGAGGCUUUCAGGGUUUCCGUUUUAUCCCGGAUGUUAAUUUAAAAGGGGAACCCCCUCCCAGGAUACCGGGCCAUCAAUUAGAAAUUUCA